GUAGAUAAUGUGAAAGGGCUUUGAACAAUGUAGUAAGGGAAAGAGACUAGGAUACUGACUUCCCAUUUUCCCAAUUCCUGCUUCAGAACUGCUCUCCUAGGCCCCAAGCCCCUACCUCUGUUAGCCCCUUGAUCAAUCUUUGUCUGCGGAGGGGCAAAACUACAUGGUAUCCCAAGAACAGGGACCAAUAUUACAGCCCCAUUUCUUGUCUUUGCUAUUUCCCAUGAUCGCUCUUAAACCAAGAAACUGAGAUCUAUUCUCUGGUUGGUGGGGCUUCCUCACUGGAACAAAGGGGAGUAUGUACAUUUCAUAAUAGAGAUUCUGUGAUGAAAUGUCCUAAGGAGAUAAAUGUACAUUUCAUAAUAGGCAUUCUGUGAUGGAAUGUUCUGAGGGGAUAAAAGCUGGAAUCGGUCUCAGCACAUCUCAGUUACUCAUUUUGAUUCAUUUGGACAAGUGAGUUACUACAGCGCUUAUUUGGGAAAAUGACUAGAAAGCUACCUCCAAUCUCUCGGCCUCAACCCCAGGCUCCAUUUCUUUCUGUUCCUUCCCGCUCUCGUCUUCCAGCCCUCCUUCCCCCGGUUACUCCUCAAACUUCCUGCCCUCAGCCUCCUCUCCAGGGCCGUCCAUCUUGUUCGAUUUUCUGCCCUACCCGUUUGCCCAAGCUGACUGAUGUCUCCCCUUCCCAGUACCCUACCUCAAGGAAUUUUCUGCCCAGCUCUUCCUCUGUUACUACCAGACCGUCUGUGUGCCCCCACCCUGUUCGUCAGGCACCCCUUUCCCAGUGCCCUCCUAUCUUCCCCCCUCGCCCUCCUCAUAGCCCUUCUUGCUAGUCUCCUGUACUCUAGUCCCCACUCCCUAUCCAGCCACCCCCAACCAGACCUGACGGCUUACAAAUCUCACCCUGGAGAAAUGGUUUCCCUCCUACUGGGGCAGUUCUCAGGCGGUUCAGAAUUGCCAGGACUGUGGAUUCCCAGCGACAACCUGGCAGACACGGGGAAUCCAAGACCAUGGCAAGCGAAUAUUCAGCCUGGCCUGCGCCUUUCCUCUGCUGCCUGGGCAGCCAGACUGCACAAGCGUCUGCAUUUGAACUGGCUUCUCCGUGGAACUUGGUCUGUAACCACAGAGCAAACUGCAGAACCAGUGGCAGAAAAGUUGAUGGCAAGCCCUUUUCCUGGCAGUAUCCAGAGGCAGUUCUAGUAAAGAGGCUGGAUUCGGAGAGGCC